AUGUUGGAGGGUUUAGUUGCUAAUCUGCUCAACCGAUUCUUGGGCAUGUACGUCAAGAACUUCGAUGCCAAACAGCUCAACAUCGGCAUCUGGUCCGGCGAUGUCAAACUACGAAAUCUCGAAUUGCGCCGAGAAGCUCUCGAUCAGCUUCACCUCCCCUUGAAUGUGGUCGAAGGUCAUCUGGGCGAACUCACAUUGGCCAUUCCAUGGUCCAAUCUCAGAGGCAAGCCGGUUAAGGUUGACAUUGAAGAUGUCUUUCUAUUAGCGGCACCUAAGGAGGAUGCGGACUACGAUGCUGAGGAGGAAGACAAACGGGCACAUACACUCAAGAUGGAAAGAAUCGAAGGUGCUGAAAUUCUCCGAGAGCGCAAUGCCGAGGGCAUGAGUCAGGAAGAGCAGCGUCGAAACCAGAGUUUCACCCAGAGCAUGGUCACAGCUGUGGUGGACAAUUUACAAAUAUCGAUCAAAAAUGUACACAUCCGUUAUGAGGAUUCUAUCUCCUCACCGGGCCAUCCAUUCGCUGUCGGAUUGACGCUGAAGGAGCUGAGUGCUGUCAGCACUGAUGCCGACUGGAACCCAACCUUCAUUCAAUCUACCUCCGAUACUACACACAAGCUUGCAGUUCUUGGCGCCUUGUCGGUAUACUGGAACACAGAUGCAACUCUCCUGGGAACAGGACGAGGUUGUGAUAUCGGCGCAGAAGCCCAGGGAAUCGAGCACGAUGACCUCAUGGCUAAGUUGCGUGAUGGAAUCGACAAUGGUGAAGGUAACCAGUUCAUGCUUCGUCCCGUCAGUGGUCGCGCAGGCCUUGAAAUGGACAAAUCAGGCAAGUAUGAUCGCCCAGCCAUGAAAGCUCGACUGCUCUUUGAUGAGCUCGGAUUUGUGUUGGAUGAUAACCAGUACCGCGAUGCUCUGAUGCUGGUGGAUCUCUUCCAUUACUUCAUUCGCCAUCAAGAAUACAAGAGAUUUCAGCCCAAGAUCUCAGUGAAGGAGGAUCCAAAGGCGUGGAUGAAAUUCGCUGGUGAAGCAGUGCUCAGCAAGAUUCAUGAACGCAAUCGACGAUGGACAUGGGGCUUCAUCAAGGAACGCAGAGAUGACCGCAUCGCAUACAUUAGGUUGUUCAAGAAGCGAACUCGAGAAGAGGCCUUUUCACCUGAAGAGACCGAAGAGCUGGACAAAUUGGAAAGAAAGCUCAGCUACGAAGAUAUUCGAUUCUGGCGGUCAUUGGCCCGGAACCAACUGCGCAAAGAAAAUGUUGGCGUUAAAAAACCUGCUCAGCAACAAUCAUGGGGUGAAUGGUUCUGGGGCGCCAAGAAAGAGGAAUCAGAGGAACCCACCAUGACUGAAGAGCAAAGACAAGAAUUGUAUAAUGCCAUUGAUUGGGACGAAAAGAAGGCCCUAUCAGAGAGUGUCGAUGAGCCUCGUGAAUGGGUUAAGCUUCAAGUAAACUGGAGCCUGCGCGCUGGUAGUUUCACCCUUAAAAAAGAUCCUCAUGGUGCUGGAAAUGAGGUCAUGAAGCUUGUGUUCGACAACUUUCGCGCCAAAGCUCUUCAACGACCAGAUUCCUAUCUUUUAGAUCUUGACCUCGGUGGGUUGAAGAUGUAUGAUGGUACAACUCCCGGUACUCUAUAUCCCCAAAUCGUCAAGGUCAAAGACUCCCUGCCAGAGCCUACAAAGGAGAAGAGCAGCACAAAUGAUGAUGAGCUCGCCUCGAUAGCCAGCGCGGACGACAUGGUGGAUGAAGACAGCUUAUUCCACUUGCAGCUGGAGAAGAAUCCACUUGAAAGUGAUGCCGACUCAGCCGUCAAGGUCAAGUUGAAGAGUAUCGAAGUCAUCUACAAUCCCAGAUUCUUGUCGAUCGGUGCCCUUCUGGACACGGCAGGUGCCACUGUUGAAGGAUUGCGACAGCAGACUCGAGCCGGACUGGAGUUCGCCCUGCAAGAACAUAAAAAGGUUGACGCGCAGUUUGAUGUCCAUGCGCCUCUGAUUAUUGUGCCAGAGAGUAUCACCCAAGAGAGCUCGCUUUGUCUGAUUCUUGAUGCCGGUCAUGCCAGCGUGAACAGUGAGCUGGUGGAUCGGAAGGCUAUGCGAGAGCUUCAAUCUAAACAAAAACGACAAUACGAAGAGGAAGACUAUAAGCAGCUAGAACAUCUGCUCUACGAUCGCUUCCUGAUCAAGUUGGAUUCUACCCAGCUUUUGAUCGGUCCCGGAGUGGAUGCGACGAAAGCUCAGCUUAACUCUGAUGUCGAGUCUAAAAAUUUCCACAUUGUUGAUCGUAUCAACGUCGAUUUCGUUCUUGAGAUGUGCAUCGUGCCCAAGGUGACACAGCUCACUCGGACGCGUAUAUCUGGAAACCUGCCAGAGUUGCAUGCAUCUAUGUCAGACACCAAGUACAAGGGUCUGAUGAAACUGAUUGAUAUUGCAAUCCCGCAAUUCGACACCGGCAAGACCUCUGACCCGGCAGUGGCCAAGGCCAUUGAAGAAAAGGCCAAUGCUACUCGAGCCAGAUCUGCAUCCUUCCAGCCUCCAGCUUUGAGAGAUCUUCCUGUUGUUGAUGAAGAAUUCGAAGCCGACUCGGAGAGUGAAAACUCUAGAAAGAGUCUGGAAUCCAAUAAUAAUAUCCACCGCCGAGACUUUGAGUUCAAAUUCAACGUUGGCCGGCUUCGAGGUUCACUUUUCCGUUCCGAUUCACAAGAUCCUCUCAAUGAUAAAUUGCUUGUGGAGUUGAUCGCGGAGGGCUUCGAGCUUGACUUCUACAUGCGUCCGUAUGACAUGGUCGCCGAGGUUGUACUCAAGUCUUUGAGUGUGGACGAUUACAUCGAGGAGAACCCCGUUCCCGAAUUCAAGAGAAUCAUCUCAUCUAAGGGAUUCAAUGCAGAUGAAGAUAAGGAUCUCUUUCAUUUGAAGAUGGUCAGAGUAAAGCCAGAGUCGCCAGAGUUCGAGUCCACUUAUGAGGGUGUGGCCAUGAAUCUCGAUAUAUCGGUAUCGACCAUUAAUCUCGUAGUGACCAGGAAGACUCUAUUGACUCUUUUGGAUUUCAUACUUCUUACCUUUACAAGCCCACAGCAGCCAGCUGAACACGAUGCUCAAGCCCAAAGAGCAAUACAAGAGACAGUUGGUGAACUCCCAAAGCCGCCUCAAGUUGGUAAACUGCGUAUAAAGUCUAACCUCAAGAGUAUCGCUCUUAUUCUCAAUAAUGACGGUGUUCGACUAGCAACUCUGAGUCUUAACACUGCCGAUGUUGGAAUUUUCCUUGUUGGCCAAGCUAUGACAAUCCAGUCUCGCAUUGGCAGCUUGACUUUGAUCGAUGAUGUCAACUUGGGUGCACCAGAGGACUCGGAUGUACGCCGUCUCCUGGCUAUUGAAGGGGAGAACUUCGCGGAUUUCAAAUACCAGACUUUCGAUCCCGCAAGCGAGACCUAUCCUGGAUACGAUUCAGAAGUCUAUUUGCGGUCUGGUUCGAUCAAGAUCAAUUUUCUGGAAGAGCCUUACCGAAAGAUCAUUAACUUCCUGGUCAAAUUUGGUAAAAUGCAGGCGAUCUUCAAUGCGGCUCGCCAAGCUGCGGCGAAUCAAGCCAACCAGUUGCAGGAGAACGCAUCGCGAAUGCGGCUUGACAUCGUGGUCAAAACUCCCAUCUUGGUGUUCCCUCGAGUGAUGGCAGAUGACCGUCCUAGAGAUACGAUUACGGCACAUCUUGGUGAGAUCUAUGCCAAGAAUGAGUUCGUCCCUAUGGAUGAGGGCAAGGAUAGCCCGGCUGUCAACGUGAUAUCUACCGGUGUUCGCAACAUUCGUUUGACAUCCAAGUUCCAUUUCGCGGAUGACACAGAAGAAGAGCUUGAGAUGAUCCAGAAAGUCAACCUUGAUUUCAGUAUCUGCUACUUGGAGCAUCAGGCCAACAAUGCGCGUCCUGAUAUGGAGAUCGAAGGAUCAUUGUCUCCUAUCAACCUUCGUAUUUCCCAGAAUCAACUUAAAUUCCUUCUGUUGUUGUCAAAAUCAAUUCCUGGGGCUUUCGCCACAGAUGCUGAGCAGCAGGAGCUAGAGGCCCUGGAAUCUCUACCAUCUUCGGUGACUGAGCCUACGACUAAUUCCAAGGAUGCGCAAGCACAAGACCAGCAAGGAGUGACAGUGGGCAACACCACAGGCAAAGAAACCUGGGUGCGACUCGAUAUGAUCUUCAAGGUCGAUAGUGUUGGCUUGGAACUUAUUCUAGCAAAUGACAACCAACCGGUUGGGAAUUUGGAGGAUUCCAGCUUGUCAAAAUUCUCUCUCAAUGACACCAGGGUCAAACUUCGAAUGUUGACAGAUGGUUCGUUGGAGUCUGAGCUUCUCAUCCACUCCUUCUCAAUUCGUGACAGUCGUCGCCAGGAUUCUAACAAAUUCCGAAACAUUAUGUCUUUGAUCAAUAACGACGUGCAACAGCAAUUCAUGGCUAGCGUGACCAUGUCCCCUGGACCAGACAAGCACCUCAUAGCCAUGUUAACGAUAGACAGCCCUCGCAUCAUGUUUGCUUUGGAUUAUCUAUCUGCCUUGCAGGCUUUCAGCAACUCGGCUUUUGCUUCUGACAGUCCUGCGGAAGUAGUGGAGGAGGACCCAGAUUCUCCGGAGGAAUCGGAAUUGAGUUCUGACUCCGCAGCUUCAGAUAAGGGCGCAACUGAGGUCUCGGCUGGCGAGCCUGUGGCUGGAUCGACAACUGUUUCAUUCCGUGUCAAUCUGGUCGAUGCUCAGGUCAUCAUGGUUGCAAACCCUGCUAUUCCCCACUCCGAAGCGAUUGUGUUGGGAACCAAGGAGAUCCUUAUAUCUCGUCAAAAUGUCUCGACUUUGCAAGUUCAAAAGCUGGGAAUGUUCCUUUGCCGCAUGGACAAGUUUGAAACUAGCCGUCUGCGCAUUCUUGACGAUUUUACAGUUGAGACAUCGGUUGAUAGCCGCGCUCAAGAAAAGGGAUCUGCCCUAACUUCAAUUGAGGUUCAUUGCGAGCCUCUAGUAUUGAGAUUGUCUCUACGAGAUAUCCUGAUGGCAAUUCAAAUCGUCAACAAGGCCUCUGAAUUGCGAGCGCAGAAUGCUCAACGGCUCGAGGGCGGCGAGGCAAAGAAAAUUACCGAUGGCAAAAGCGCAAGAGCUCGUUCGAGCAGCAAAGCAUCGUCGACGUUGGCCCACAGGACCCGUCGUCGUAUCAGCCAGACCAUCGAACCACCAGUUGAUAGUGCAGCUCCUCAAAGUUCUGCUGUUCUCAACCGCGAAGAGCUUUCGGCUAAGAUCGAUGGCCUUCGUGUCAUCCUCAUUGGUGACCUACAUGAUCUGCCAUUACUUGAUUGGAGCGUCAAGAAGUUCAAUGUCGAUAUACGUGACUGGUCAUCGACCUUGAGUCUUGACGCGAAUUUCGAUACCUUUGUCAAUGUCUUUAAUUUCUCCAAGUCGGCCUGGGAGCCUCUGAUUGAGCCCUGGCAAUUUGGUUUCCACAUGGCGAAGGAGACUAACCCGGACAUCUUUUCAAUUGAUGCUUACUCUCAUAAAAACAUGGAGCUCACAUUGACUUCGGCAACUAUUGCACUUGCCUCUAAAUCCUUCCAAUUCCUGAAUACCGAUGAGGAUGUCCUUUCCAAGCCUCGAGGCGCAGAUGCCCCCUACAGGAUUCGCAACUACACCGGCUUUGACCUUCGUGUGUGGGCGGAGGCAACAGCGGGUGGAGAUGGCCCAGCUGCUAAAUUGGUCGAUGGAGAAGAAUAUCCCUGGCGAUUUGAAGAUUCGACAGCCAUUCGUGAGACUCUUUCCCCUGAGGGCCAGGGUGGAAUUGUGGGUAUCAAGCUGGAAGGAAGUGGGUUCGACAGCAUUGACCGUAUUCCUGUUGUCCGCGAAGGUGAAGUUCUGUACAGCCUGAAACCAAAGCGAGAUGAUGUUCUUCACAGGUUGCUUGUGGAGGUCAAGCUUGGACCUGAUAAUGUCAAAUACAUCACCUUCCGCUCACCCCUUCUUGUGGAAAACAACACCCAAAUUCCCGUGGAGCUGGGUGUGUUCAGCCCUGACGAUGGCCAUCUUCUCAAGAUCGAAAAGAUUCUGCCUGGUGACGCUCGUCCAGCACCAGUUGGGUCAGCAUAUCUUCAUUCAGUUGUCAUCCGUCCCGACCAAGGAUUUGGAUACGAUUGGUCGAACGAGCGUCUCUUCUGGAAGGAACUUAUUCGUCGCCCAACACGAACUAUCAAAUGUGUCAGUGACAGCGGUCAGCAGUCGCCUCCUUUCUAUUUCCAGGUGAAUGCAACCAUCGAUGGCAAGGGUUCGCUCACGACCUCUUACCCUUACAUGAGGAUCCGGAUUUUCGCUCCAGUGGAGAUUCAGAACCUGCUGCCAUAUGACUUCAAGUACCGCAUCUAUGACAAGAACACCAAAAAAGACUGGACGAACUUCUUGAGGAAGGGAGGUGUAAGCCCGGUUCACGUCGUUGAGCUAUCCCAUCUUCUUCUCCUGAGCAUUGAUCUUGAGGAUACUAUCUUCCGACAAAGCGAAUUUGCGAUUGUCAACGGAAACUCGCAAGACUACCGCAGGGAGCAUACGCUAUCUUUGAAGGAUGAGCGAGGUCUUCAGUUGAAACUGAAGCUUCACUAUUUCAACAUCCCCAACAGUGGUGGUGCCUUCAAGGUCUCAAUCUAUAGUCCCUACCUCUUGUUGAACCAGACUGGUCUCCCUAUGGACAUUCAAAGCAAGGCAUUCCUCCAAGCUGCCCGCAAUGCUGCUGGCCAAGGCCUUAGAGUCGACCCAAGAGAUGGUGGUCGCGCUCUGCCAUACAUGUACUCGUACAACAGCGGGGACCAGAAGAACCGGUCUAUCUUGAAGGUCGGUGACUCCGCAUGGAGCAAACCCCAGACCUUUGAGGCCGUUGGAAGUACAUUCGAGGUCGUUUUCCCUGAUCAACAGGAUAGAUCUGAGUUCCACGCCGGAGUAUCUGUGGCUGAAGGCGAAGGCAAAUACAAGAUGACGAAGGUGGUGACGAUUACGCCGAGGUUCAUUCUGAAGAGCAAGCUUACCGAAGAUAUUUUGGUUCGUGAGCCCGGGUCAUCAAACGUGCUUGAGAUCAAGAACGGAGAAUUGGUUCCGCUUCACUUCCUUCGACAAGUUCAGGAAAAGCAGCUCUGUUUAUGCUUCCCUGGCGUGAACAAUCAAUGGUCUUCUCCAUUCAACAUUGCCGAUGUUGGCACUGUCCACAUCAAACUGUCUAAGGCUGCGAACCAGCGUCAAAAGUUGAUCAAGGUUGAUGUCAUAUUAGAGGGUGCUACCAUAUUCCUGCAUCUCAACUUUGAGUCUCGCAACUGGCCGUUCUCGAUGCGAAAUGAAAGUGAUGUGGAGUUCAUCUUCCACCAAGCCAACCCCAACCUAGAUGACGACGAAGAAGACCACUCAAGUGGCUGGCGUCCAAUCCGCUAUCGCCUACCACCUCGAAGUAUCAUGCCUUACGCGUGGGACUACCCAGCCACAAAGAACAAAUCUCUUGUUCUGACAAGUCAAGGCAAGGAGCGGCACAUUAAGCUUGCUGAAAUUGGUAACCUGAUCCCAAUGCGUAUCCCACCGUCGAGAGCGGGUGAAUACCAGAGAAUUGUUGACAUUAACAUUAUUGCUGACGGACCUACGCAAACACUGGUUCUCUCCAACUUCAAGGCUUCCAAGAGUAUCUACAAGCAACAGAAGAACCAGUCCUCGCAAACAAGCAUGAGUACAGGGUUCGAGGUCAAGGAGCUGGAUUCGGAUGUCAACUUCAAGGCUCAGCUUCGACUUGGUGGAGUUGGUAUCUCUCUCAUCAAUCAGAACUUGAAGGAGCUUCUUUACCUCACUUUCCGCGAGAUCGAGAUCAAAUAUCGGGAAUCUCGAAUCUACCAGACCCUUAACACCACCAUCAAGUGGAUUCAAAUCGACAACCAGCUUUACGGAGGCAUUUUCCCGAUUCUCUUGUACCCCAGUGUGGUUCCUAAGACCGGCAAGGAGAUGGAGGCCCAUCCUAUUUUCCAUGCCAUGGUUACAAGAGUGAAGGAUGAUUCAUAUGGUGUGCUUUACAUCAAGUAUGCGACCUUGCUUCUGCAGCAGAUGACCCUGGAGUUGGACGAGGACUUUGUCUUUGCUAUGCUCGACUUUGCCAAGAUCCCCGGGGCUUCCUGGACUGAGGAACAAGAGGGUAAGCUGUGUGAUGAGAAUCUGAACAUCCCAGAGCCUCAACAGAGUGAAGCCGGUCAGGAUGUAUACUUUGAGCUUCUUCACUUGCAGCCUAUGCAACUGGACAUUUCCUUCAUGCGGACGGAACGAGUCAACGCUGAAGAUGGUGCCAUGCAGCCUUCAAACCCCCUCAUGUUCAUUGUCAAUGUCAUGACCAUGUCGAUGGGCAAUGUCAAUGAUGCUCCCAUUCGUCUUAAUGCCCUUAUGCUGGAAAAUGCUCGUGUCUCCUUUGGAAGACUUGUUAACAAUGUUCGUGCCCACUAUACACAAGAGUUCGUCCGCCAAGUGCACAUUAUUCUGGGAUCUGCCGAUUUCCUGGGUAACCCGGUCGGUCUGUUCAAUACCGUCAGCUCUGGUGUCGCAGAUAUCUUCUACGAGCCAUAUCAGGGUUUGGUCAUGACUGAUCGACCUCAAGAGCUGGGUGUUGGUAUUGCGAAGGGUGCCACCAGCUUCGUCAAGAAAUCCGUUUUUGGUUUCUCGGACAGUAUGGCCAAGCUUACCGGAAGUAUGUCCAAGGGUCUUGCUGCUGCGACUCUCGACAAGGAAUUCCAAGACCAACGCCGCAUGUCCAAGUCUCGGAACCGUCCGAAGCACGCACUCUACGGAAUCACAGCUGGUGGGAAUGCUUUCGCGAACAGUUUGGCCAGUGGUAUCGGCGGUCUUGCACGUCAUCCACUCCAAGGUGCGGAGAAGGAAGGAGUGGCAGGAUUCUUCAAGGGCGUUGGAAAGGGUGUCUUGGGUCUAGCCACCAAACCCGCCAUUGGAGCCUUCGAUCUCGCCUCCAACCUUGCAGAGGGAGUCCGAAACACCACUACAGUCUUCGACGCAGAAGGUCUUGAUCGUGUUCGACUGACUCGCUUCAUUGGCACAGACGGCAUCGUUCGACCAUACUCUCAACGUGAAGCUCUCGGUCAGUUCUGGCUAAAGACCGCUGAUGAUGGGAAGUUCUUCACUGAGGACUAUAUUGCGCACCUGGAGCUUCCUGGUCGCGAUAUGCUGGUCAUGUUGACUUACGCACGGAUCAUGCUCGUGCGCACGAAGAAACUGUACACUGAAUGGGAUAUCCGUCUCACAGAUAUUCAAACCAUUUCCAAGGAGCGAACUGGUAUGAGUAUCACACUCAAGGGUGGCGCCAACGGUCCUUUCAUACCCGUCCAGGAUGAGAGUUCUCGAAAUUGGCUGUACAGACAGAUUGCUGUUGCGGUCAAUGCCUUCAACGAGAAGUAUAAUGUUCGUGGAUAG